AUGGCUGUCGGUCUCGACCACUCGCUCGUCAAUGGCGCAUCGGCUUUUCCGCUGGUGCGCCAGCUAUCCAAGGACCAUGACCAAGUCUUGAAGACCUUUCGCCUACUCAUUGCUGAUUUGUGUCAGCAGUUUGGUGGAGGCCAUCCUGGAGGUGCGAUUGGCAUGGCUGCCAUUGGAGUCGCGCUUUGGCGAUAUGUCAUGCGAUAUGCCCCCCAUACUCCCGAUUACUUCAACCGCGAUCGUUUCGUUCUCUCCAACGGCCACACCUGCCUGUUUCAGUACACAUUCUUGCACUUGACUGGAUACAAGGAUAUGACUUUUGACCAGCUAAAGUCGUACCAUUCCGACCGCGUUGAUGCACUGUGCCCAGGUCACCCCGAAAUUGAGCACGAAGGUAUCGAGGUUACAACAGGGCCUCUGGGCCAGGGUAUCGCCAAUGCUGUUGGUCUCGCCAUGGCUACCAAGAAUCUUGCUGCCAAAUUCAACCGACCUGGCUACGAUGUCGUCUCGAAUCAUACCUGGUGCAUGAUUGGCGAUGCGUGCCUCCAGGAGGGUGUCGGACUCGAGGCCAUUUCCUUCGCUGGACACCUCAAACUCAACAACCUGACUGUCGUCUAUGACAACAACCAGAUCACCUGCGAUGGAUCCGUCGACUUGACCAACACGGAGGAUGUGAAUGCUAAAAUGCGUGCUUGUGGUUGGAAUGUGAUCGAUAUCGAGGACGGCUGCUAUGAUAUCGAGGGCCUCGUUCAAGCACUGGAACGUGCUCGUGCAUCUCAAGAGAAGCCAACGUUCAUCAACGUGCGAACAGUGAUUGGUCUGGGCAGCAAGGUCGCAGGCAUGGCGGCCGCCCAUGGUGCGGCCUUUGGAUCUCCUGACGUUGCCGAUAUGAAGAGGGCCUAUGGAUUCAACCCCGACGAGACAUUUGUCAUUGGUGACGAAGUCCGUACUUUCUUCCACGAACUUCCUUCUCGGGGAGAAGCAUUCGUUCGAGACUGGAACUCUCUGGUCAAGCAAUAUAGCGCAAAGUAUCCCGAGCUGGGGGCAGAGUUCCACCGCCGUAUGCGCGGAGACCUUCCUUCCAAUUGGAAGGACCUUAUUCCUUCUGAAUUUCCAGAGAAGCCCACAGCCUCGAGAGCGUCUUCUGGUUUGGUCUUCAAUCCAAUUGCUAAAGAGAUUGAGAACUUCAUGGUCGGAACUGCUGAUCUCUCCCCAUCGGUGAACAUGAUCUGGCCAGGGAAAGUAGAUUUCCAACACCCCGAUUUGGAAACCACAUGCGGCAUCAAUGGAAACUACUCCGGUCGGUAUAUCCACUAUGGUGUUCGUGAGCAUGCGAUGUGUGCCAUUUCCAAUGGCAUGGCCGCCUUUGCUCCCAACACUUUUGUCCCCAUCACCUCAUCAUUCUUCAUGUUCUACCUCUAUGCUGCACCUGCUGUUCGAAUGGGUGCCCUUCAGCAUCUUCAGGUCAUCCAUGCGGCAACUCAUGACUCGAUCGGAAUGGGUGAAGACGGCCCUACACAUCAGCCCAUAGAACUCGCAGCUUUGUACCGCGCUAUGCCCAAUCUUCUGUACAUUCGCCCCGGUGACAGCGAAGAGACAGCUGGCGCAUGGAUUGCAGCAAUUGAGGCGAAGAAGACCUCCACAAUCAUUUCCACUUCGCGCCAUGCCAUCCCGCAACUGAAGCAGACUCGUCGUGAUGGUGUUGCACGCGGUGCAUACGUCCUUGAAGAAGCCGAAGAUGCGGCCGUGACGCUGAUCGGAGUGGGAGCUGAGCUAUCCUUUGCACUGGAGGUUGCUAAGUACUUGAAGGAGACUCAGGGGACUGUGGCGCGGGUCAUCAGUUUUCCGUGUCAGCGACUGUUCGAGCAACAGUCUAUCGAAUAUAAGAGGGAGGUUCUGCGUAGGCAUCAAGAUAUCCCUGCUGUCGUGAUAGAACCUUACGCUCCCAAUGGAUGGGAGCGGUACGCCGAUGCGGGAAUCUCUGUUCGUCAGUUCGGCCACAGUUUGCCGGGCAAGGCUGCCUACAAGUUCUUCGGCUAUGAAACCGGGGUGUUGUCCGCAAAAGUGAGCGACUAUCUUGAUCGUCUGAAGAAGGGAGAAGCACUUAGAGGUGAGUUUGUUGAUCUGUAAAUAAUGAUACGAUGAAGAUAAUCAUGUGAC